AUGGUUGCAUUAGCCCCACCAGAGACGGUUAAAGACAUUAGAAGCUUCCUUGGUCAUGCUGGAUUCUAUAGAAGAUUCAUCCAAGACUUCUCAAUGAUAGCAAGGCCAAUGACUAAGCUUUUAUGCAAAGAAGCUGCAUUCAACUUUGAUCGGGAGUGUCUAGAAGCAUUCGAGAAGUUGAAGGGUAAACUGAUUAGUGCCCCCGUUGUGCAACCACCGGAUUGGGAUCUCCCCUUUGAGAUCAUGUGUGAUGCUAGUGAUUAUGCUGUUGGUGCUGUCCUUGGUCAGAAGAAAGACAAGAAAACUCAUGUGAUCUACUAUGCGAGUAGAACUCUUGAUGAAGCCCAAAUGAAGUAUGCUACAACUGAGAAAGAGUUGCUAGCCAUUGUCUAUGCCUUUGAGAAGUUUAGAAGCUACCUGGUUGGGUCAAAGGUCAUUGUAUACACUGACCAUGCUGCGUUGAGACACCUUUUGGCCAAGAAGGAUGCUAAACCAAGACUGUUAAGGUGGAUCCUGCUGCUACAAGAGUUUGAUCUUGAGAUAAAAGACAGGCCAGGGGUUGAAAAUGGUGUAGCUGACCACUUGUCUAGACUAAAGAUUGAGUGUGGGAUCCCCAUUGAUGAAGGGCUUCCAGAAGAACAGAUCAUGGCAAUUAGAGCAGUGGUAGCAGUUUGUGAAUCCGGAAAGAAGCUUGAAGAGGUGAAGACAAGUGGUCAAGUCGAGAUCUCCAACAGAGAAAUCAAGGCUAUUUUGGAGAAAACUGUGGGAACUACAAGGAAAGAUUGGUUUGUCAAGCUAGAUGAUGCACUUUGGGCUUACAGGACGGCUUAUAAGACUCCUUUGGGAACCACACCCUUCAACCUUGUGUAUGGAAAGGCUUGUCAUCUAUCGGUUGAGCUUGAGUAUAAGGCAUUGUGGGCUGUUAAGUUGCUUAACUUUGACAUCAAGAGUGCCAAGGAGAAGAGACUUCUCCAACUCAAUGAGCUAGAUGAGAUUAGACUGGAUGCUUUUGAGAACUCAAGGAUUUACAAGGAGAAAACCAAAGCUUUUCAUGACAAGAGGAUCGUGAAGAGAGAAUUCAGUGCCGGAGAUCAAGUCCUUCUCUACAACUCUAGGCUGAAGUUGUUUCCCGGGAAGCUCAAAUCGAAAUGGUCCGGUCCUUUCAAGAUCAAGGAAGUUAAGCCAUAUGGAGCAAUUGUGUUAUGGGAUAAGAAUGGUGGAGAUUUUACAGUCAAUGGACAGAGAGUUAAGCUCUACAUGUCCUUCACACCAGAGGAGGAAAGAACAUCGGUUCCACUCUCCGACCCCAUUCAUGCCUAG